AACAAAUGCCUAGAUUUUACAAUGAAGAAAAUUAUGUUGAUGGGUUCUUCUUCUACUUCAGUGACUUCAUGCCAAGAAUUAUCCAAUGAAAGAAUUGCUCAAAAUAAGGAUUUCACGGUGGAUCUUUGGUAUGAAAUUUUUCUUCAUCUUCCAGUUAAUUCAAUCUUUGCAUUCAAGUGUGUUUCUAAGACAUGGUUUUCCAUUCUUUCAAACCCAAAUUUUAUAUACAGAUGGAGUAAACUCAACAAGAUUAACACAUUUCUUCCAUGGACACUAUAUCAUGCUGCUGAUUUACCAGAAAACUAUACAUUCCGAAAUGAACCAUUUCGAAGAAGGUUUUCAAUUGCAUAUCCUGUUUCGCAUUCCAAAUUCAUGACGAAUAAUCUCAAUGGGUUUUCUUUUAGGUUCAUAGAGCCAGCUCAUUUUCCAGAUACAGAGACGAAAACCUGUUUAUAUCUGUUAGGUUCUAGUUAUGGUUUGGUUCUCUGCACAACUAGCUUGUUUAAUCAGAUGCUUUAUGAUGUCUGUAAUCCUCUUACCAAAAAAUGGGUUUCACUACCUCCCCCACCAAAAGUUAGUGAAUAUGUAAUGGCUGGUUUCGAGUGUGAUGGGAGUUCAUCAUCACUCAUCUCUACUAGUUAUAAGGUCGUUCGUAUACCCAAAUUUGAAACUGGGCGAAUAUUUGAAGUUGAAAUAUUCACUUCAGAUUCGGGUGAAUGGAAUGUCUAUGAACUUUCAUGUCCUCGAAAUGUUAGUUGGAUGAAUUUCUUUCAAAAAAUUGUUGUUCUCCAUAAUGGUGUACUACAUUGGAUAGACCAAAAAUCAAUUGUAGCUUACAAUCUAAACAAUGGUGAAACAUCUGGAAAUCAAUGUAGAUUGAUUAACUUGCCUUAUGAGGAGUCAUACCUUUAUAAUCAUUCACAACCUUAUAUUGGAGUGCUGGAAGGGCUGAUCUGUUAUGCCUGUCUUAGGACGGGGAGGAAGUCUAUGGGUUCGAAGGUCUUUUUGUGUGUUUGGGUGAUCGAGGAGGACUGGCAUAGGUUGUAUGACUAUGUCUUACUUGAAGAUAUGUUAGCAAAUCUAGAUAUCAAACCUUAUAAACCAAUCCAGGUUUUAGGUUUCGAUCCAGUCGACCGGAAUGUUGUUGUGUUUGGCUGUGAAAAUUAUGUUUGGGUGUACAACGUUUUCUCAAGAAGAUGGGAAGAGCUCUUUCAUCCUUUUUUGCUUCAUAAUAAUCGUCCAUUUAAUGCUAAAUUCAUGUCCCUGGCGUUUGUGCUACAACCAAGGCCAUCAGUACUUCCACCACCAUCCUGGAGAAACCCUUGAUGCAAUGUGGUCGGUACAAGGAACCUACUUUCAUAAGGUGUUAUUGGUCGGCAUUACUACACCCUUCUACACGUGGAUGGCAUCAUCUCUCUUAACUUGACUCAAUGUAUCUUCCUCAUCAGUUAUACUGAUUCCCAAUGUAAAUCUACUAGGAAACUAGUUGAUGCGAGUGAAUCAUACGAGGGGGGAAGCAAAACUGUAGUUUCUUUAACUGGAUGCUACUUCAGAUAUUGCACAUAAUUUUACCUUCAGCUGGAUUUUAGCAAGAGAACAUGUUUAACAGUGGUAUGACUGCCGGUGGAAAACAGGCUCUAGAGUUGAAUAUUUCCGCUUGUAUGCAUUGACAAAGGGUAUCAUGUAAUUUUAAUCUGGAGGCAAAACCUCUCCCGUAGACGCAGUUGUUAGUGCUGAA